GCCCCACAUAUCACAAAGCAGCCUCCCCCUACAAUAUUCAAAAUUUUCGAAAACUCAGCUCAAACCCUAAUCCCCAAAUUCAUUCUCCAUCCAUAGACAUUCUUACUACAGAGAAUAAGAAAUCGACACCGGCCUUAUGAUAUCAUCAGGACCUCGAAACGGCGCCGCUUUCGACCUCCAAGAGGCUGCAGAGGAAGAGGAGGUGCUAAAGCUGGAAGAAGAAGUUCACCAAAUGGCUCAGAAAAUACUCGAAUAUCGAACCACACUCCCAGAUCAGUUCAGCUCAACCCUUCGCUCUGUCCUCGCUUCGGCUAGACCCGUUUUAUCGACCCGUUUAGCUGACGAAAGGACAGGCCCGGAAACCCCAAUGCUGCUGCCAGACUCAGAAGCCAGAGUUACCCAAGCUCUUACAAGGGAGAACACGGAAUUACCGAUCACAGAGGAUAAGGAAGAAGCUGAGAAAAUUCAACUCCUAAAGCAAAAGCUGUCUAAUAAUACUGCUGUUCUGCCUGCUGUACUGAACAGGAUGAAAGAGUAUAUGGCCAGGAUUGAUAAGUUAGAGUCUUCUAACUUAAUCAUCCACCCUGCCUUUAAAAGGAAACCAACUAGUUAGCCUAGUUCUUCGGUUUGUUUUUGUUCUUGCCAAAAAAAGGAAAUGAUGUUAUGCUUCAUUGCAUAAUAGUCUUAUGGUCAUCUUUGAGCCAGAUGAAGUGGGUGAAAUUGAAAUUAACAUAACACUUCAGAAGUUUGAAGUUGACAUUUGUCCUGACCUGUAAUUAUUGUAGAGAUGCACUGAUUUGUUGUGUAGUGAAAAUCACGAAUUGAUGUUUUUGGAAGUGAAUAAAUAUUGUUGUUGCUUGCGAUAAAAUUAACCAGCCAAAAUUGGACAAGCAAGUUAUUUUUUUCAUUUUUUGUCAUUUUCUUAUAUGUUUCUGAAUAAAAAUGGUACUUCAAUAUUGCUUUAUCAUA